CAUUAAGCUUUAGUGAGGGCAUUGGACUGCAUGAUGGCUCGAUGGCAUCCCAUCACGAACCUGAGGAAUCGAAUUAUACAGCAUCCGCCUGUUGCUGUUUUUUUCAUGUGCAUGCUGGUCCUAGCUGGAGCUUUCAUUAGCAUUGGGAUAUACUUACAAAACCAUGACAUCAAGAACCCAGACAUAAACAUGGACUGGAAUCAGUUGCUGGGUUCUCUUGCACGGUUGAAGUUCUGCACACAGUUAAACGAUACAGAUCUUUUAAAUGAAAGACCAGAUAUAAACUCCCCUCUGCUGUUAAAUCACGGAGAUGAACCGUUCAACAAUACACAACAAAAAACUGAAGUGAUUAGCAGGUUUCUGCUGGUGCCCCUAAUGCAUGUUGGAGAAUACCUAGAUCACAACAGCAUUAGUAGCACAUUACUGGGAAGCCAGUUAGGCCUGAAAGGAUCUGCUGGCAAACAGUCAUUAAAUAUAUCGCUGUUGUUGAAUGUACAGAAUCAUAUAUCAUCUACUGAUUCUGCACCUACUCAUAAGCCCUCUAACAUGCAAUCUACGUCCCAGUCCUACUCCUGUCUGAAGAUAACAGCACCACGUCACAUUCUACCUCAAACUACAUCGCCACAACAAUGCCCACCUAAUAAACACCCAGAGAACAUGUCUCCUGUAAAGGCACUUGCUAUAGGAUCAAAUAAGAAGAGCUCUAAUGCGCCAGCGUGCCUCAGCUUUGAGUUCAGUCCUGACCCCAAAUUGACGGUCCUCCUCACACAGGAGAACUUCAGAGAAGUGAGGAAAUGUGUGUGCAUGGACGGGCAUUGCACCUCACAGUUUUCAGGGGAUAGGUUCUGCAUCCAGUGCAACUCCGAACAUGAUAGUAAUAUAAGUUUGUACUGAAGAUAAAGGAGUAAAAAACAAAAACAGUGCAUCAGUGCACAGAUUUAUUACAUGUAAAAUGAAAGCUUUUGAGUCUUUUUUAAUUUAUUGUUCGAAUUUCAGUGAUUAUGCUUCAUGAAAAUAAAAAAAAUCCAGUCUCUCAAAAUAUUAGAAUAUUUAAUUUGAGUUUAAGUAAAUUAAUACUUAAACAAUGUAAAUACUGUUUAUGUGUCAGUGUACAGUGUACUACUGCAUGUUCAUAAAAAAGUUGACUAGAAGGGAAAAGUGUGGCAUUAAAUAUGCUGGAGUGCAUCAAGAGCCAUCACACACAAUGGGCUACAACUGUUGCAUUCCUAGUAUCAUGCCACUUCCAAAACUGAGACAUCAUCAGUAAUGUCUCACCUAGGGUAAAGAGAAACUGGACUGUUGUCCAGACCAAGUAUUGCAUGCAUAAAUUAACACUUUUUUUACAUUUAUACUUUUACUUUUUUGAUUGUUCUUAUGAAACAUUCUAAUAAUUUGAGAUCCUGGAUUGGUAUAAAAUUAAUUAUUAAAUAAAAAAUAUAUCAAAAUAAAAACAAGGAUAUAUGUAAAAAACAUGCAGGGUAGGUUAAUUGGCAUUUCCAAAUUGUGCCCAUAGUGUUGUGUGCUUGGAUCGGCACCCUGCCCUGGUGCCCCUGGCUUCCCAUAAACCCAAACUGGAUAAGCUGUAUAGUAAAUAAAUUAGAAUGAACUAUAUAUAUAUAUAUAUAUAUAUAUAUAUAUAUAUAUAUCUGAGCUGCACUAUGUUUUAUAUAAUUGAACUGGGUUUUUUAUCGUUUAGCCUAAAUUUAUUUUUUUCUAAAUAUAUUUGCCUGAGGUUCUUCCAUCGCCCAUCCAUAUGGGUAUCCAACUUUUAAUUUUUAUCCAACUAUUAAUUGUUGAAUGUUUUUCCUAAAAAUGUUUCAAUACUGGCCCUUUAGAAUCACUGAAAACUGUAUCAGCAUCAAGCUGAUGGUUGAGCUUUUCUUGGUCAGCAACUGAGGGAGUUUCCAUUCCAUACUCUGCCAUUUACUCCCAGGCUCGUAGUGAUGAAUCUGUGUCUCGUCACCAGAAAUUAUUCUCUUUAAGUAUCGUUCCAAAUUUUGAUUGCAGAUCUCAAAACACUCGUGUAUGCACCUAAGUGAGUUUUUUUUUGGCACCAUGUGGACACCUGACAGUCACACCCAUGUGGUUUUACUUAGACCUUCAGUCAUCUGAGAAGGCUUUCCACUAGAUUUUAAAAUGUGGCUAUGUGCAUUUGCUCAAUUAACCAGAAAAGUAUUAGUGAGAUCAGGUGCUUAGCUUGUCAGGUGAUGAGAGCUGGGGUGCAAUCAGUGUUCAACCCAAAGGUGUUCAGUGCGGUUGAGGUCAGGGCUCUAUGUAGUCCACUUAAGGUUGGAGUGGAAGAACUCGAGAAUUAUGUUAUAUGAAGCUCACUUUGUGCAUAGUUGCCUUGUCAUGCUGGGACAGGUUUUGGCCUCUUAGUUCGAGAGUUAAUUGAUAAAUAUAUUGAGAAGGUGUUAGGUAAAGAAGUGUCCAAUUUUAAGCUAAGAGUAGAAGAGUUAUUUCUUGUUGUUUCCGCCGCACCUUGAUACACUUACCAGUCCAGGCCCGAUCGACCGGGAGAGACAAACACACACACACACACGCAGGCAUGAUGUCUGAAGAUCUCUGUUUAUUCUCAGCAAAGGGAGCACAUUUAAACGGUGCUACGUCCCAAACAUUAAAAAAACAGUCAUUAACAUGUCAUUCAUAGAGGGACCCGGACACAGACAGGUGAGAGUAGAUGCAUUUGCAUUCUCCUGAUUAAACAAAAGGGUUCUAGCAGACAGGAGCCAUUUGGAUGUAUCCUUGUCUGGUUACAGGAUAUAGAAGAUGUUACCACAGAAGGCAUAAGGAAGCACAGUAAGGGGUCUGUUCUCAAGGGACAGGAAUCUUCUUAUUAGAUUACAUUGUCUUACAAUAUUAUAAAACCUUACAGAAGGUAAUGAUACUAGAAUAAAGUGUAUAUACUUCAAUAAUUUACCGCCACUCUUGCAUCCUUUGACUCUUUGAUUUUUUUUUCUUAUCAGUAAUUUGCCCCUAAAUAACUAUUCAGCUGUAGAGUACUGUAUUCCAUCCGUAAGCUGCAGGUCUUAAAAAUGUCAGAGUAUUUUGUUGUUAAUAACGGAGUCAGGAUAU